AUGCAAAUCGACGGGCUCUCACCACCGGCUCGUCAAUUUUUGGCGAUAGUUGGCGACGAAUCAAAUGAAAUCAAGAAUCUUCUUUUGGACGAGUUGAGUGCUAAUCGUAACCAAAGAACGUUCACCAUCAAAAAUGACUAUUACAAGUGCGACGUUGGACUCCAGCAAUUCUCGGACAUCAAAAGUGUGGCUGACGCUGCCGAACACGAAAAAACGAUUCCGGCGGUUGUGAUUUGGUACAAGAAUCUCGAGGAGCUCGAGAACAUCUCAAAGUUUACAAAAUUUCCAAAGCUCGAUACAAAGGCAAUUGUGGUGAAAUCGUCUGUGGAUUUCGCAGAUCGCGACAAACUCGAAGCAUGGGCGAUUGAAAACGACUUCGAGGUGGUUUAUUUGCAUCUAUCGCCGGAGGAAAUCGAGGAGCUCGAGGAAUAUUCCGAGAAGUACGGGAUUAAGCGUAUUCUCGAGCUUCUCGACGUUUGCAACUGGCCGGUUCGUCAAGAUACCAUGUCGACGUUGAGCGGAAAUCAGUUCUUGGAUCGACUUCUUCGCGCAUUGAACGACCGCGAUCACGGAAUCCCGGAAAUGGAUGAUGUAUCGCUUGAAGGAAAAUCGGCAGAUUUGGUUUACGAGUCUUUCAUGGGCCUCCUCGAUAAUCGCGACGAUUGCGCGACGCCGGAGCCGCAGCACGCCGAAAUGGUGCAUCUGUCGCCGGAUACGCCAAGCGAGGCGUCGAUCACCAUCGAUUGCGAAUUCACGCCAAAUGUCGUCAAAGAGGUGAACGUCGAGGCGAAACCGGGAAGCAAAACGGUGGCCGCGGAAAUCGCGCCGAAGAAGAAGAACAAGAAGCGUCGCGUCAAGAAUAGCAAACCGACUGUUCUCGCCUCCGAUGAAAAAUCGUCGCCAGGAAUCUAG